CCAAAUUGAGGUGUAUACAAUAAGGUAUUUGUUCUUUGUUUAUAUAGACGCUGCUCAAGAUUUUCACAUAGUUACAGAGUAUGGCAGUAGUACCAGAGGAGAUGACCUGCCUGUUAAAGGAGAAAGAGAAUGAAGGAUACACCCUUCUCACCCGCCCCGUUCCCGUCCCAGGCCCCGCUGACGUCAUCAUCAAGGUCGAUAGGGUGUCCAUCUGUGGGUCUGACAUCAACCUGUGGAAGUGGAAUGAUGUGGCACGAGUCAUUGCUACAGUACCCUUCAUCCCUGGUCACGAAGCAACAGGGGAGGUGGUGGCAGUGGGCUCAGGGGUGACAGAGGUCAAGUUGGGUCAAAGAGUGGCUGUUGAGAACCAUUACUACUGUGGAACCUGUUACCAAUGUAAGGAGGGUCGUGGUGACAUCUGUCAGCGGUUGAGUCAAUACGGUCACGGAAGAGGCACUGACCAAGGGGGCUGUUGCCAGUACUCGUGUGUGCCGGCCCGCUUCUGCUACGUACUCACCAGGGACCUUACCCCAGACCAGGCCGUCCUGUUGGAGCCCAUGGGUGUGGCGCACAAUGCAGUGGAGAAUAUCAGUGUGGCUGGGGAGGACGUGUUGGUGCUGGGCUGUGGACCUGUGGGACUGUUUGCUAUCGCUGUGGCCAAGGCUAUAGGGGCUCGAGAGGUGUAUGGGGUGGACGUGGACCCCGAGCGGCUGAGCUUGGCCUUACAGAUGGGCGCUACUGAGGUCAUCAAUGGAGCCAAGGAGAACAUAACAUCUGUGGUGAUGAAUCUGAGUAACAAGAAUGGAGUAGGACGUAUAGUAGAAGCCAGUGGUGCUGCCUCCCUCCUCAACCAGUCCUUCUCCUGGCUACGCAAGGGUGGGCAGAUGGUGCUUAUUGGACUCCCCAAAGAACCACUUCACGUUGAAAAUGUUCUUACUGAUGUUGUCUUCAAGUCCCUCACCCUCAAGACUGUCCAUGGUCGUAGGAUCUUCCACACAUGGGAGGAGUGUGAGCGGCUGCUGGCUGACGGACUGGUAAAUGUGGGCCCUGUAGUGUCUCACCGCCUGCCCAUGACGCAGUACCUUCACGCAUUCAACCUUCUCAUGACUGGUGCCGCUUGCAAGAUCAUCCUUGACCCCCAGCACUGACCUCGUAACUCCUCCUAAUGACAGCUGCUGGGUGUAUGAGUCAACAUGUCACUCUACCCAUGUGUUAGUACAGCAGGAUGCUCCUUACCACAGUGUUUUUCCUUCACCAUAUAGCCUUCGAUAAUUCAGAACUUCAUACAUCAAAUAUCUUCAAUCUUUGGCUUGAGGAUGGUAACUUUGAUGAACAGAUCUGAGAACACUUGUUGGAUCUCUCUCUGUGCUGAAAGAUGGAAUAAUAAUAAGCCUCACACCAGAGGGAUUCCGUAAUACGUAUUGUGAUAAAAAAAAUAAAUAAAUAAUAAAUAUAACAACAAUAACAAGAUCGAUCUGUGAGGCUGCAACUUGGCAAACCUUUCAUUUGGUGAUUUAAUUCAGGUGCAGCAAGAAAAUAGUUAAAAAAGUCUUCACUCAUUUUACCAGGACAAAAUGAUCGUGGGAACCUGUGACAAGCCAUUAAGACUUGGUUUGACACGUAACUGAAGCUCAAAUGUUUCCUCUGCAAGUACAGUAACUAACUGGAAGAAUUAGGAAAAAUGCAGCAUAAUAUAAAAUUCAAGUUUAUUUCAUUCAUAAUCUUCCUAUAAACAUUCCACUUAUAAACAAUACAUUUUCAUAAAAUAAACAAUAUUCUGUUUACAAAGAUUACUGAAAAAUAACUAAACCUCUGAAAUUUAAUUAAAAAAUAACACAGCAACAAUCUAAAACACAACAUACAGUACACAAGGAGCUGUCGGUCCAAGAUACCAUAUAACACCACCAUCAGUCCCAGGAGGUGGAUCACAUCAAGUAUUUCAAAUGUUUUCAUACCACUUCAGAAUCAUCUGUCCAGGAACAUCUGCAUCAGUCAUCAAUUUACACAACACCUUCAAGUGAUGCACCUUUAAUACACUAGACAGAAGGACAAAACUAAUAUUACUAACUCGGAUUUGUGAACUGAACCCAAAUUUUCAUACAAUAAUUAUGGAUUUGUUUGUGUAAAGUUUGGUUAGGUUAGGUUCUGGGUCCGGGGCGUCAACAGAACACCCGACUAUCACCAUGUAGUGUGCUGCCCUGUUCAUGCUUCACAACACUGACUAUCCACCCGAUUAAACAAUAUACCAUGGAAUGUGAAUAGUUGUAAUCCUUAAUUUUAUGUUCAUAUAAAACUUAUUUUAAUACAGUAUAAGAAUUACUAUAUAAGGUAACACAUACAGCAUGAGUGGCCUACAGUCAACACCAGAACCUGACUUUAGAUGCAAAGAAACAACAUAAUAUUGUGAGAUAAGAGUGAAUUGCCAUGACGGAGAACUGUUAAUCACUGUUAUUCAAUUUAAUCAUAGGAAAUAUGUUAAUGUUUGGAUAUAGUGUAAUAUAUCACUUAACUGUACUGUACUGAUUUGUGCAAUAGAAUCUAACAGGUCACACAAAUUCCAUCAUGCUGAGUAGUUGUAAUUUAAUUGUGAAUACAGAACUGAACCUAAUACUAUACUUUGUUAUUCAACCUAAAGACACACCACCAUGGGUGCGCUUGUAUCCCUCGAAGUGUUUCUAACAAAGUAAGAAACUUUUCAACUC